GCCAACGACCACCCAGCGUCGCGCUGAGGCUGCCGUCUUGCGACAUGGACUCAACCCCGACGAAUCCUGCUCGGCGACAAAUCCUUGUGUCAAUACUGCAUGCAUACCAGCAGCAUGAAGAGAAAUACAGCCAGGACUUGGCGGUUGGGCAAGGUAAUUUGUCGUUGCAGCUCCAAGCCUUGAUUGGCCAGGGCCUGAAGAAAGAGUUCGAUGACACUCUGGUGGCAAGAUAUGUGCAGCCCACCGCAACGGGACCCACGCCGGCGUCCUUGGUGGGCGUGGACGCCGACCUUGCACGGCAACACCCCACACACCUGGUGAAACUAUUAAAUUUCGGCGGCCUACAUGGCGACGCGUCUGCCCCAGCCCCCUUCAAGCAGCUCUGCGGCGGCUGUAGAGCAUGGCGCUGACGACGACGACCACCCGGCGCAGUGGGCGCAGCGCGCGGGGGGCAGUGGCUGCACCCGUAGCUCUGACGGGGCGCGGGCCAUGGCUGUGCACGUGAGGCUGCACGACAUGGCGGCGGUGCAACACUCCACGAUGCUGUUGCUGGCUCGCCCCGCCGAGCAGCUGGUGCUGAUAGACGCGCUGCUACAGGCCCAGGGCCUUCGGGCCUGCGCGCGCGCCCUGGAGGCGCAACGCCUGGAGGUCGUCCAGGUCCAGAAGGCGGCUGAUGCUGCUGUCGCCGGCGCUGCUGACACUGCCACUGCCGUUGGAGAGGCGGCCGCUACCGCCGAGGCGCUGCCGCUACCGUCUGCAACAGGACCACCGCCACCCGCCGCGGCGCCUGCAGUGGCGCCGCAGCAGCGGCCACUCGACGGCCAGCUCCGUGACAUCCUGGAGCGCGCGGCGCAGCUGGCAAACGGCGCCCUUACCCUGUGCCAGCAGGCGUCGGGCAAGCUGAGCCUGGCAUGCAAGGGCGCUGGGUCCGCCGAGCUGAAGGUAUCGACGCGGAUGCUGCAGGAGCUUGCGGACAGUCAGCUGGGCGAGCACGCGGCGGCACUAGCGUUGGAAGUGCUUGGGGGCGUGCAGCCGUGGCGGCAUCAGAAGCAGCGACCUGUCAGGCCGUAUAUGUCGUAUCGUCAAAGGGCUAUGGCCAGCCGUGCGCGCGGCGGCGGUGGCGGCGGCGGUGGUCGCGGCGCGGGCUGUCCCAGCCAGCUGCAGCUGGCGGGGCCGCGGCAGCAGUUCCUGCUGUUUGCGGACACUGUGGCGACGCUGGCGGCGGCGGGCUACGGCGGUGGCGUGCGCGGCACGUACGGGCUGCCGCCCGAGCUGUCGGCUGCCAUUCCCGUGGUGGAUGAGCGGGACCAGUACGGCGGACAGCAGCUGCUGACGCGGGUGUUCGGGCGGGCGGUGGACCUGCCCAUAGCCCAGCUGAGCAGUUGGUACCAGGGGUCCGGCCUCCGAGAGCCCGCCGGAGGCGGUGGUGCGGAGGCCUGGUGGAUGCCGCUGUCGCCGUCGGCGCUCUGCACCCUGUUGCUGCAGCUGGCGCAAGCAGCAGUGGCCUCAUCCGCAACGGAACGCAGCCGCAGCAAUGACAGCGGUGGCGCCGGUGCUGGCGCUGGCGGCAGCGGCGGCAGUGGCGGCGGCAGCUCCGCGCCAACCGUGCCUGCGGCAGGAGCGGUCCCGCUGCUGCUGCCCUACGGUAGUGAGGCGUUUCGCUUUGCCCUGGACGCACUUUGGCAGGGGCGGGCGGUGUGGAUCGGGCCGCGUCGCAAGAUGGCAGAGGCGCGCUCACGGGGUCGCAGUGACAGCUCGCAGCAGCAGCAACGCGAGCAGCUCGCUGCGGACACGAACAGCAGUAGCAGUGCAGCAGGCGGUCAGGAGGAGCGGCUGCGGCUGCGGCCGCGGCUGCCGUUGCGGUGGUGGCGGGUGCUGGUUGGGCUGUUGCGCUGCCAUGGGCUCCUGUCAAGAGCGUUCGGCGCGAAUGGCGGAACGGCCACGAAGCACGCCAUGCCGCCGGAAGAUACCAUGUAUUUCCUCCUGCGCGUGCCACGUGACGAAGACGGCGUGAGCAAGCACUCUUCGACAGCAGGUACCUUAUGUGGCCGGCCGCAGCUGCCGCCGCGCCCCAACCCCGACAUAGCGGCGGCGCUGGCGGCAGGGCUGCUACCCGCGGUGGAGUCCGUGCUGCGGCGGCCGCCGGGGCUUCGGGCGGCGUCCGACACGCACUGCUGCGACGCCACAGAUGUGGCGGUGCUUGGCGGCCUGCUACAGUCUGAGAGGGACGUCGACCCCGACCACCCCUGGGCCGGCGUGCUCACUGCGGAGGCGAACGCUAGCAUGCCUGUUGACGCCUGCGUGGCACAGCUGCUGGCGUUUGCGCCGCCGCGGCAGCUGUCGUCCCUGCUGCACAGCCUCCGCAAGCUUCUGCUUCUGUCCGUCGACAGCUGCGUUGCCGUCAGCGUGGAGACUGUGGCAGAGCACUUGCGGCGCUCUGGGCAGGUGCCGGUGGGCAUGUCCGUGGAACAGCGGGCGGCCCACAUAGCGUCGACAAUGCUGCCUUACCGGCUGGUGCCACUGGGGGACUUCGCCAAGCUGGUGUCCGGGCUCUGCCUGUCUCCGGGCUUCUGGUCGGAUCGGCUGCAGCCGUUCGGAGUCGCGCCCAGUGACGGCGGCGGGAGCUCCGCAGGCGGCGGCGGUGGCGGCGAGCCAGAACAGGCGCGGGUGCAGCGGCGGGCUCGCCUGAUGCUGAGCCACAUGCUGCACGUGCUGCUGCCGGGCUUGGUGCGGGCGGUGGCGGGCACGGAGCGCUUUGCUGAUAUGGAGGCACGGGCCCAGCCGGCAGCAGCUACGCGGCAUGGGGCCCGUGCGUCAUCUCAGCAGUCCCAGCACUUUGGCACUCACCAGCGCGCACUGCGGUGCCUAGUGCCAUGGCUGGCGCAGAGCGUGGGUCGCUGGGCGCUAGCAGCAGCUGAGGCUGACGCAGGGGACAGCGGCAGUGCUGCAAGUGGCCGCAGCGGCAGCAGCAGAAGCAAGGGCGGCGGUAGCAGCAGCAACAGCAGCAGCAGCAGCAUUGGCAAGGCCGGCGGCAACAGCAUUGGCAAGGGCGGCGGCAACAGCAGUGGCAAGGGCGGCAGCGGCGCUGGCGGCGUGCCUGAGGCACCACGCCACUACGCGAGCCCGCAGGCGGCUGCGGCGGCGGCUGCCAGCUGGCAGCAGCUACUCACGCAGGAGGUCGACCUGAUGCCGGUGCUGGAGGAAAUGGCCAAGCUGGUCUCGGCGGGCUCAGACGCGCCCCGUGACUUUGUGGAAGCAGCAGCGGUGUUGCUGAUUGGCUUGGCGAGCACGCAGUCUGGAGCAGCCAUGAUCCAGACUGCCGUGGGCAAGGUGGGGGGUCCGCUUGGGCCCCGCAGCAAGUUUGUGUCUGCGCUGCAGUCACACCCCUGCGCCAAGGCGCGGGAGGCGGUGCGCACGCGCUCGCUCGUCGCACUUGCGGCGCAGGCGCUGACGGCCCUGCGACAGCAGCCCGGGGCGGGGGCAGCUGCGGGGUCUGGUAGCGGCGGUGGUCUGGGCCCGGAGGCCGCUACCGCGGCGCGCGAGGUGCUGCAAGCGGCAACCACGGUGCCGCUUCUGUCGCCGGCUGAGGCUUGGGCUGAGGCGGAGGCUGAGGCGUCGUCAGCAGUCGCUUCCCGCAGCAGCACGUCGCCGCCCGCUGCCGCACCGCCGCCGCCGCCGCCGGUUCUGGUCCGCAGCUGCGCCCACUCGGGCUGCACCAAUGUAACGGGCGACAGCGAGGCGGGCCUUGAGGCGGGGCUGCGGCACUGCGCGGGCUGCGGCGCGGUGGCGUACUGCGGGCGGGCGUGUCAGGUGGCGCACUGGAAGGAAGGGCACAAGGAGACAUGCGGCAAAUGAGGGCCCUUUCUCGUGGUUGGGUCGUGUACGGGUAUCUGUGCCAAGCCAUUGCGCGGCUAGUUGCGGCAGUGGUUUGGCUCAUGCAGACACGGUACACAUGAAGAACGUCAAAGGAGUCGUGUCAUGGAAAGUGGAGUAGGAAUGGAGAGGUGGUGACGGCUUGCAGCUGUCUUGCAUCUGACAGGCCCGUCUGCUUGCCAUGGUGUCCCGAGAGUUUAGACGGCCCCUGAGGUGUGGAACUACGCGGGCACGGGCCAGACCACGCGGCGUGAGCAGCUGAACAUGUUAAACGUGUGGGAAGGCGGGGGCGGUGCCAAGGGUGUGCAGCUUGGUGGGCGACAGCAGGCCGGUCCAAGUGGCUGUGAGGCAGUCGCCCUCAUGCGUGUAUACCAUACUGUAAACAGUGAAAGGCGACAAUGGAGAUGGACGGAUGCAAUCAACCAAGCAAUACCCCCUGUGCCCUCAGCUUUGUGGCGGCAAGCUUGGGACUUGUUGGCCCCCUGAUUGGGCACGCCAUGGCACAGGACAUGUCGUGAUGUCGCAAGAGCAGUCAGACAGUCAGCUCUCUAGUUUCCCUGGGAAGACCUGUUCCUUGACUUCCGAACCAG